UAUUUUAUCCUCUGCCACCUUCCUCUACAGCAUUUCUCAUAUCUACACUGCCGUCCGACGUCCAUAAAAGAGAAGUUAAGAGGGAAAAUUGCUUGACCUUCACUCACCUCCCCAUUCAUCUCCAAAUCAAAGUAAUUUUUCUUGUACUAAUUGAUACCUUCUCCUUCUUGCUCUACUUUCUCCCAUAUGCUCGUUUAAUUAUUGUUAACUAUUUCAGAAUUGAUUUUCUAUUUGUUUGAUAUACAUAUUGUCUAUAUUCAUAUUUCGGUCUCUGCCCAUACCUAUGUUUCUUAAAUUUGGUGCCAUUUUUCAGUCAAUACAGUCCUCACAGCUAAAAACCCUAAACCCAUAUCCCAGAUUGUUUAGAUACUGUCACUUCGACUCAAAACUGGUUUUUAAUUCCAUAAACCAGACAUCAAAUCCAGCACCAAUAAAACCCCAAACCAAUGUUGCAAUUUUCUGGGAUUUGGAUAACAAGCCACCAAAUUCAUUCCCUCCAUUUGAGGCUGCCUUUAGGCUCAAAAUGGCAGCAUCUUCAUUUGGGGUAGUUAGAUACAUGGUGGCAUAUGCCAAUCGGCAUGCUUUUAGUUAUGUGCCGCAAGCUGUCAAAGAGAAAAGAAAAGAAAGAGCAUUAUUGAAUCAGUUAGAAAACAAGGGUGUGAUUAAACCGAUUGAGCCAUAUCUAUGUCGAGUUUGUGGACGAAAGUUUUAUAACAAUGAGAAAUUAACGAAUCACUUUAAGCAAAUUCACGAGCGUGAACAUCAGAAGAGGUUGAAUCAGAUAGAAUCAGCAAGAGGGAAGAGGAGAGUGAAGUUAGUAGCUAGGUAUGCCAUGAAGCUGCAGAAGUACAAGAAUGCAGUGAGGGGCGUUUUGAACCCAAAGGUAGGGUAUGGUCUGGCGGAUGAAUUGAAAAGAGCAGGGUUUUGGGUUAGGAGGGUGUCAGAUAGGCCGCAGGCUGCAGAUGUGGCAUUGAGAGAUCACAUGGUGGAUCUGAUGGAUAAGAGGAGAGCUGAGUGUUUAGUGCUUGUAUCAGAUGAUUCAGAUUUUGUUGGUGUUCUGAAGGAGGCUAAAUUGAGAUGUUUGAAGACAGUUGUGGUUGGGGAUGUUAAUGAUGGGGCACUGAAAAGAGCUGCCGAUGCAGGGUUUUCUUGGCAAGAGAUUUUGAUGGGGAAGGCUAAGAAGGAGGCAGUGUCAGUUGUUGGGCGUUGGAAGGACCAAGACAUUUUGAAGAAACUAGAAUGGACAUACAAUCCAGAGGAAGAGAAAACAUUGUGUGGCAGAGUUGCUGGAUUUGAUAAUUAUGAGAGUGACAGUAAUUCUGAUGAUGAUGAAAAUGAGGGUGGAGACUUUGAAGGUAUCAGUGAUGAUGAUGAGGCUGAUUGUGUGGAAAAGGAUACUGCAUGUGCUUGGUGGGAGUUGAACUCGGAUCCUGGGGCUAGUUUCUAAUGAAGCUAAUGAUAGUUUGGCUAAAGCAUCAGUCAUACAACUUGGUGAAAAUCACCAUUAUUUUUAUGAAGUUCUACAAGCAGAAUAUCUGAGAACAUAACCAUGUUAGAGCUGUUAAUAUUUUUAUCAGGGUGGUAUACUAAUGUUAUUUUUGCAUCUUGCUUCUUAAACUGAUCAACCAUUAAGUCAUUUGAUUAGAUAUCUACUCUUGAUUUUUGAGGUUUUCUUAAGUUACUUUUUGUAAUUCUGAGCAAUGAACACUACUACUCUGAACUGGCGUGUGAAUGCUGAUUGUUUGGUCUCUUCA